GCAUUCCGCGCGCAAACAAGCCAAUUCCCCUCGCUCAUCACCAAGUCUCAAGCACGCCAUCUUUUGCGCCGUGACAGGUUCGACCAGUCUCGCCCAUCUUCCCUCUUCGCGACGACGAAGAAAGACUUCAAUUCCGAGUCGCUCCAGGACAUCGCUGUAAAGCAGCUAUGAAGGUAACUAGUUUGGUCUUCGCCAGUGCCGCGGCCUUGACUUUUGCUUCUCCCCACCCCCGCCAUGCCCACCGUCACGCUCUGAGGAAGCGCGCCGAUUCGACUUUGUACGUCCCGGGUCCCGUCGAGACUGUCAUGGUCUAUGUUUUGGAUGGCCAUGCGAUUAGCGAGGAGGACAUGAUCAAUGGCAUCGCCAAUGGAACCCUUGCCUGGGGUGACAACGGCGUGCUCUCUUCUUCCAGCUCCGCUGCUGUCGUUGCUCAGCCGACUCCAGUUCCAGAGCCCGCCCCCGAGAAACCUUUUGAGACGGCCCCAAUCAACAUGCCUGACGUCAAUGCGAUUCCAGGUCCGCAAGUUUCAAAGGCGCCCGAGGUCGAAGAACCUCCCCAGUCGUCUUCGCCACAGGACUACAAGCCAAUUGGCAACGAUGGUGAAUGCGCCGAUUGCGACAAGGAGUUCCGCAACGACUUUCACCCUUGCAGCAAGUUCCCGACUGGCUACGGUGCGAUCCACCUCGGCAACGAAGGUCUCGGUGGCUGGACUGGUAUUCAAGACCCCAAAGAACGCGGAUCUGCCGGAUAUGACAACAUUGUGACUACCGCCAAAGGAUCAUGCGAGGGCGGCGAAUGCUGCAAACCGGGUUCUUUCUGUUCAUACGCCUGUCCUAACCCCUACCUCAAGUUGUCCUUCCCUAAGAAGCAGGGGAAGACUGGCCAGUCUGUCGGCGGGCUCUACUGCAAUGAGAACGGCAAACUUGAGCUAGCCGAUGGCUCCAUUGGCAAGACGCUUUGCGGCAAAGGCACCACGCACAUGAAGAUACGCGUCGAGAACAAACUUUCCAAGUCUGUUUCCAUAUGCCGCACCGAUUACCCUGGUACCGAGUCGGAGACUAUUCCCUUCACUCUCAAGCCCGGCGAGUCUGGCGAGUUGGCCAGUCCCGACCAGAAAUCCUACUACUUCUGGGAAGGCAAGCCCACUUCUGCGCAGUACUACAUCAACAAACAGGGAGUUCCCGAGAGCGAGGCCUGUACAUGGGGUACGGGCGCGAAGGCAGUCGGAAACUGGGCCCCCGCCAACUUGGGCACUUCCUGGGACGACAUCAACAUGAACGCGGGCUUCGCGGGUCUGAGCCAGAACAAACCCACCAACCCUGACGACCGGCUCGACUUCAACAUCAAGUUUACGGGCGACGGCGUGCAGAAUCCCUGCAGCUUCAAGAAGAGCACGGGCGAGUACUGCAGCGGAAACAACUGUGGUCGCGACGUCGGUUGCACGGCUUCAAUCCGAGAAGGCGCCACGCUCACCAUGGUCUUCUCCGACGAUUAGUCAUCGAGCCACACCAUUUCCCCUUUUCUGCGUACUCACAUCAUGUCAUGUACGCAUGUACAUGUUCUUCUUCUUGCUGGUUCUUUGCUUCUUCUUGUCACUUUUGCAAAGGCGCCUUCUCCCUCUCACUGGGAUAUCUUCUGCUUCUUUGUGUAUCAGGGACCCUCUUUUGUUGAUGACACGGAGAGGGGAUUUUUUUUUUUCUUUUUCUUCGAGCUUUCCCUCCUUCCUCCCUUUGUUUCUUUUCUCUUCUGGGAGGGGGUAUAUGGACGUGGAAGUGACUGCAAUCGUGGAGUUUCACGAAAUCCCGAAGAAGAAAAAAUUAGGGACAUGGAAUCGAUUCGAUUCGAUUCGAUUCGAAACGAAACGAAUCCAAAUGAAACGACAUUGAAAAAGCU